GGUUCCCAGAUCUUACAGGCUCUCAUAGCCACCAUGUUGGAAGGCAGACUCCGAACCCAGCAGAGGAGCAGCUGCAAUGGCCGGGAGACCAGCCUGUCAUCCUCAGGCUUUGGGAUGAAACUGGAGGCUGUCACCCCAUUCCUGGGGAAGUAUCGCCCCUUUGUGGGUCGCUGCUGCCAGACCUGCACCCCCAAGAGCUGGGAGUCCCUCUUCCACAGAAGCAUAAUGGAUCUAGGCUUCUGCAGUGUGAUCCUGGUGAAGGAGGAGAACACCAGAUUCCGGGGCUGGCUGGUUCGGAGGCUCUGCUAUUUUCUGUGGUCCCUGGAGCAGCGCAUACCCCCCUGCCAGGAUGCCCCACAGAAGAUUGUGGAAAGCACUGGGGUGCAGAAAAUUCUCUCCGGGAAGGCCCCAGGAGGGGCUGGAGAAGGCAAGAUGUCUGACCAUGUGAAGAAAGAGGUGCAGCGCAUCCUGGGUCACAUCCAGGCCCCACCCUGCCCCUUCCUGCUCAGGCUGUUCAGCUGGGCGCUACUGCGGUUCCUGAACUGCCUCUUCCUGAAUGUUCAGCUCCACAAGGGUCAGAUGAAGAUGGUCCACAAGGCUGCCCAGGAGGGCUUGCCGCUUGUCCUCCUCUGUACUCACAAGUCCCUAUUGGACGGGAUCCUGCUGCCUUUUGUGCUGCUCUCCCAGGGCCUAGGCGUGCUCCGUGUGGCUUGGGACCCCCACGCCUGCUCCCCUGCCCUCAGAGUUCUGCUGAGGAACCUUGGGGGGCUUUUCAUGCCUCCAGAGGCCAACCUCUCCCUGGACAGCUCUGAGGGGGUCCUUGCAAGGACUGUGGUCCAUGCGGUCAUGGAGCAGCUGUUGGUCAGUGGGCAGCCUCUGCUCAUCUUCCUGGAGGAGCCCCCUGGGGCCCAGGGGCCACGGCUAUCAGCCCUGGGCCAGGCCUGGCUGGGACUGGUGGUGCAGGCGGUCCAGGGGGGCACUGUCCCAGAUGCUAUGUUGGUGCCAGUGGCCAUCACCUAUGACCUGGUUCCAGAUGCACCACAUGAAAUACACCAUGCCUCAGUCCCCCUGGGGCUGUGGACAGGAGCCCUGGCUGUCCUGCGGAGCCUGCGCAGCUGUUGGGGCUGCAGUCGCCGGGUCUGUGUCCGGGUGCACCUAGCCCAGCCCUUCUCCCUGCAGGAAUACACCGUCAACGCCAGGAGCUGCUGGGGCAGCAGGCAGACUCUGGAGCAGCUGCUGCAGCCCGUCGUGCUGGGCCAAUGUACUGCUGUCCCAGACACUGAGAAGGAGCAGGAGUGGACCCCUGUAACUGGGCCCCUCCUGGCCCUCAGGGCGGAGGACCAGUUACUAGUCAGGAGACUGAGCCGUCACGUCCUGAAUGCCAGCGUGGCAAGCUCAGCGGUGAUGAGCACGGCCAUUAUGGCGGCACUGCUGCUGUUCAAGCACCAGAAGCUCCUGGGGGACUUCUCCUGGCUGACAGAGGAGACACUGCUGCGUGGCUUUGACGUAGGCUUCUCGGGACAGCUGCGAUGUCUGGUGCAGCAUACGCUGACCCUGCUGCGGGCACACGUGGCCUUGCUGCGUGUCCACCAGGGCGACUUGCUGGUGGUGCCACGGCCUGGCCCAGGCCUCACACACCUGGCACGCCUGAGUGCUGAGCUGCUGCCUGCCUUCCUAAGUGAGGCUGUGGGCGCCUGUGCUGUGCGAGGGCUGCUCGCAGGCAGAGUGCCGCCAGAGGGGCCCUGGGAGCAGCAAGGUGUAGAGCUGCUGAGCCAGAAUGAGCUGUACCGCCAGAUCCUGCUGCUGCUGCAUUUGCUGCCACAAGACCUGCUGCUGCUGCAGCCCUGUCAGUCUUCCUACUGCUACUGUCAGGAGGUGCUGGACCGUCUCAUCCAGUGCGGGCUCCUGGUUGCUGAGGAGACCCCCGGCUCCCGGACAGCCUGCGACACAGGGCGACAGCGUUUGAGUGCAAAGCUGCUGUGGAAACCAAGUGGGGACUUUACUGAUAGUGACAGCGAUGACUUCGAGGAGGCUGAGGGCCGGUACUUCAGGCUCAGCCAACAGUCACGGUGCCCAGACUUCUUCCUCUUCCUCUGCCGCCUGCUCGGCCCACUGCUCAAGGCCUUUGCGCAGGCUGCCUCCUUCCUCCAUCAGGGCCAGCUGCCGGAUACCGAGUCAGGCUACACGGAGCAGCUAUUCCAGUUCUUGCAGGCCACUGCCCAGGAAGAAGGGACCUUUGAGUGUGCGGACCCAAACCUCGCCAUCAGUGCUAUCUGGACCUUCAGAGACCUAGGGGUUCUGCAGCAGACACCCAGCCCUGCAGGCCCCAGGCUCCACCUGUCCGCUACUUUUGCUAUCCGGGACAAUCAGGACAAGCUGGAACAGUUCAUCCGGCAGUUCAUUUGUAACUAGAACUGCAGGGUGGAGCCUGUGCUGAGACUCCUUAGCCCCAGACCACAGCUGUGGCCUACAGCCAGAAGAUAGAAGAAACUGUAAAC